GUGGCCCGACUUCCACAGGGCAUACCGGGGCGAUUUAAACUUUGGCAGCAUCAGUGCACACAGACAAAGCUCUGUGUCGGUAGCAUCUGUCUGCAUACGCCUACAUUGGAGUUGACAAACUCGUUUUUAACGUUUUUCUAACGAUUUUGCGAAAGUCUCUUUGCGAUGUCGGGGAAGAUCAAUAAGCGAACUGCCGCAAACGCCGAGUCCAUCUCCGGCUCCGUGUCCUGCGAUGAACGCAUCCUGCGAGACUGCCACCAACUCUACAUCGACCCCGAAAGCGGUCUGGUGUCCAUCGCCCAGUCUGUGGGGGUGAGUCUGUUGGCUCCUCGUAAGAAGAUCACGGUGAUGCUGAUGGGAAACCACUCAGCUGGGAAGAGCUCAUUCAUCAACUGGUAUGUGGAAGAGCACAUCCAGAGGACUGGCGUUGCCAUAGAGACGCAGGGCUUCAGCUUCGUCACCAGCGGACGCAAACGAGAAUCUCUCACCGGCAAUGCAACACUUCAUCUCUACCCCCACUUCAAACCCCUACAGCAGUUCAAAGGUGUAUCUGAGUACCUGGCUACCGAGGUGUGUACGUCUCGUCAGAAGCGCUUCAGCCUGGUGACGUUUGUGGACUCGCCGGGACUCGUGGACGGAGACAUGAAGUACCCAUUUGAUGUGGACCAGGCCAUACUAUGGCUAGGGGAGCUGUGUGAUCUGGUCCUGGUCUUCUUCGACCCGAUGGGCCAGGCUCUGUGCAAGCGAACGCUGAACAUCGUGGAGAACCUGAACGAGCGCCACGGAGACAAACUCCACUUCUACCUCAGCAAGGCAGACGAGGCGGGAGGAGAAUCAGACCGACAGAGGGUGAUGAUGCAGAUCGUUCAGGAGCUCUGCAAGAGACCGGGACUCAACAAGUGCGGAUUCGACAUGCCCACCAUCUACAUACCUAAUCCCAAUAAGCCGAGUCGGUGUGUGAACCAGAUUGAGGAAGUGUGUCGUACGGUCGAGAAGACCAUCAACCAGACGGUCCAGAACACGCUCAACGCCCUGGAGAAGGAUUGUGACGUCAUCACCAACGCCAUCACAAACACACUCGCAGAGGACAGGGAGUGUGUGUUGUCCAACAGGCGCGCGCGGUGUAAGGGCUGUGUGUGUGGCCUACUGGGCUUCAUGGUGCCGCUGCUCCUCCUGCUGGGUCUGGUGCUGGGGAGCCUGUCGAGAGACGUCAUGGAACUGCUGCUGGGACCCCAAAACACACAAAUACUCGCAACACACCUGGCUCCUGUAGCGCGGGCUAUAGAUGGUGUUUCUGCUGAAGUCCAGCUGUAUGUGUGCGGAGCGCUCAUCUUCAUCUCUUUCCUCCUCCUCCUCCUCGCACGAUGCUUCUUCAGGACCCAGGCCACACUGUCUGGUCGCCAGAAGAGGCAAUUUCAGGAGAAGCUGGAAUACGUACAGGAGGUCGUCAAAGCCAAGAAGAAGAGUCUGUAUGAGGAGUAUCUUCGUCAGAGUGUUGGGGACCAGGACAUGGACUAGAGGUGGACAGGAACAAGGGAUGAAAAGAAGAGGAUGAGAAGAAGAGGAGGAGGAGGAGGAUGGAGGAAAGAGGGAUGACACUGUUGGAACUCAACAACACUAAAGUGUGUGCGUGCUUGUGUGCGUGUGCGCGUUUGUGUGUGUGUCCUCUCCUCUUCUGCUCUACUUGCACCUCUUUCCUGUAUCUGCCUCUGCAAUACCAAUAUUGACCACUAGAGGCGCUGUGGCAUCUGUUACUGUAAACUCUUGUGUGUAGUACAGCACUUACUACCUUUGCAAUACCUCUUCUCUGGUUUUCUCUUUUCAUUUUCCCUUUCUGUCAUUCUGUUCUUUCUUACUCUCCUCUCCUCUCUUCCUUAAACUGUAAGCUCUUAUCUGUACUCCAACCCUCACUGCCGUCCUCUUCCUCUCCUCUUUGUCCCUCUCUUCUCCUCUUCUUCGUCCUUCUCCAUCUUCCACUCCUUUCUCCUCUCCCUCAUGCCUCUGUCUAUACAUUUUACGUAGUCCAGUCAUUCCUCUUCUCCUCUCUUCUUCUUCUUCUGUGUAUUUCUUCCUCUCUUCUCCUCUCUUCUCUUCUCCUCUCCUUUCCACCCUCAUCUAAACGUCUAUUCUUUAUGUCCCUCUUUCCCUCCCUCAUGUGUCUUCAAACUCAUGUGCGCGCUCCAGCCGUCACUGCCUGCUCUUGUAACACUUGUGCUGACCACUAGAGGUGCUGCUGUGUGUUUUUUUUACGAUACGACUCGUGUCCCAGCAAAUCAGGUACAGCUGUAUGUAUCUGUGUCGACCAAUCAGGUGCAUCUGUGUCUCCGUUGACCAAUGAACUGCAUUUUUGUACGACCAUGAUGAUUUCCUACUAUAAUGUGUUUUUUUUACUGAGCAUCUGAUACUGUAACAGCAUAUGAUAAUGAAGAGCACAACGCAAAUAUAUAAUAAAAGUAUAGUACUGUUCUCAA